CUUGAAGCUGAUUAGGAUUAAUCCACAGUCAAUGUGCAAGACUCCAGAUUAAACCUGAAACACUUUUCUCCUUCUGAAAAGAGCAAAUCUACCGUAUCUGUCAGUCCACCUGGAGACUUGAGUCCAAAACAAAAACCUACAGUAGUAGAAGGUUGUUCAAGGUUGGUCAGUUGCACUAUUUUCAGAGUAGAGGAGGAAGUUUUAGUCCUGUUUUGAAUAAUUUUGUAUUUUCCACCUGUUUGUUUUUCUCUUCCUAAAAACAAGACUGUACAAUGGAGCCAGUGUUGCAUCUUUUGACAACGUCACAUGACGUGUUUAAAUGUGAGCUUCAUCCAACAGAGACAAACAGCUGAAAUCAAACGUCAGUUUCAUCCAACAGAGCAAAGAUGCAGUGGAGUCUGCUCCUUGUGAUGGGUCAGUGUUACUUCAUCUCAUGUCAACUCUACCAGUACCACUAUGUUAAAGAUACAAAGAACUGGACAGAAGCUCAGGAGUACUGCAGAAAAAAUUACACUGAUCUGGCCACAGUGUCUAACAUGACAGACAUGAAGAGACUCAUUGAAGAAUCUACAGGGAGAAAAACUGAAGCCUGGAUUGGACUGAACAACAGAGCAGAUGUCAACAGGACAUGGCACUGGUCUCUACCUGGAGUGGAGUUUAAAGAUGAUGAAACAAGAUGGUAUGGUGGUGAACCAAAUGAUAGAAAUGGAAAUGAGAACUGUGUUGGAAUGAGAAACAGCAAAUGGCUUGAUUUCCCAUGUACAGAAACAAAACAUUUUCUCUGCUACAAUGGUGAGAAUAUAAAAAGUGGAUCCAAAAAGAUCCAUUUGAAUAAUGAAACAAAGAAGAACUGGACUGAUGCUCAGAAAUACUGCAGAGGUCAUCACACAGACCUGGUCAGUGGAUUGAACCAGUUAGAUCAAGUAAAACUAAGUGAUGGCAAAGACUAUUGGAUCGGCCUGUUCAGAGACACCUGGAGGUGGUCAGAUGGGAACAGUUCCUCUUUCAGACACUGGAAUCAGACUCUGUCAUCAGGAGACAAAUGUGCAGUGACCAUGUUGAAUGAAGAACAAGGAAGAUGGAAGAACGCCAACUGUACUGACCAAAAACCUUUCUUCUGUUAUGAUGAUGAAGUGAUCCUGAUCAAAGAAAAUAAGACCUGGGAGGAAGCCUUGUAUUACUGCAGAGACAACUACAAUGACCUGGUCUCCAUCACUAACCUUGAUGAACAGAGAUGGGUUCAAGAGAGAGCCAAGAAAGCCUCAACUCCUUUUGUCUGGCUGGGACUGCGUUACUCCUGCACUCUGGAUUUCUGGUUCUGGGUCAGUGAUGAGGUAGUCGGCUAUAAGAACUGGGCCUCAGAUGUAAGUAAUGACUGUGACAUGUCUGGAGCCAUGGACACAGGAGGAAAACAUCAGUGGGUCAAAAUAAUCGACAACAAGGAGUUUAAUUUCAUCUGUUCUAAGUCUUAGACUCACUGAUAACUGUCUUUUUAUUCAUAUACUCUGAAUGUUGGUUGUGUAUUAAACGUAUUCUUUCCAUCUGUCUUGAAUGGUGAACUGGGAAAUGUAGGAAUCCCAACGUGAAAUGUGUAAA